AUGAAAAGCAUACUGGGGCUGAAGUGCGUGGGUUGCCGAAGCAGUGGGAGGUUGGCGCUCGUGUCAAAAAAAUUCCUCUUCGUAAAUAUCGGAUCGAAAUCAAAGUUCGGAUCGGGUUUGGUUGGUCAAAAUGAAAAGAACGGACAGGUAACUGCCAACGUGUCGAAGAGAACAGUUUUUAUAGAGAGUAACGUGAAGAACAACCACGUACAGGAAGAACAACAUAAAAGCGCUCUUCCUACCUCAACGGAUGAAUCCACAUUCCCCGACAAGGAAUUACUGAACAGUUACAUUGACGAACAGCGUAUCGAUGCAGAAACCCAACAAGGUGAUUACCGCCCUCUAGGGGGAGGAGAGGAUGUAGAGGCAUAUGCUCAGUUUGACCGAUAUGAUGGGCGAGGAAAAGAUGAUGGAGAAAAUGGAUUCAUGAGCUAUAACCGUAAGGAACGUCCAUUUAAUAACCAUGAGAGAGGAAGGAACCGACAGAACCAUGGCAUCAGCGGGGGAAGAGGACAGAAGUACCAAUCAUCAUCGAGAUAUAACAACAUGGAGGAAGAGGACUACGAAAGUGGAAAAUCUAACUCGAGGAGAACAUCGUACUCGAGAAAUUUAAACAGCCAGGAUAGGUAUGAUCAACUUGGAGAGAAUCUAAAAGACAUAGAAUGGAACAAGGUAGAUGCAAAGGUGCAGAGACAGAACCUGCUUCAAGAUGUUAGCGGAAAGAAGGCAGACAUUUCACCUGAACAGUUAGAUGCAGAACUCAAGAGAUUGAAUAUUUACAUGAACAAUGAAUCUGGUGUACUAAAUAAUUUAGCUAGUAACUUCUCCGAUGUGAACUUCCACGAGGCUAUAGUGAACCACCUGAAUGCAAAGUUUAAAGAACCUACAGCUAUUCAGAAGGUUACGUGGCCGAUUGCACUUUCCGGGAAGGAUCUAAUAGGAGUAGCCGAGACAGGUAGUGGAAAAACCUUGGCCUUCGCCCUCCCUGGCCUUAUGCAUAUUUUGAAGCAAAGGGAACGUCAGGUGGAGAAGGAAAACGGGUGGGAGCAGGGUCAAGAAGGUAUCGGUGAGAAAACUACCCAGGAGUGGACAAACGAAUCCAUGCAGGGUGCUACGCAAGAUGCUGUGCAGGGUGAUACGGAAGGUGCCACGCAACGCAGCGGCGAUAGGUACGUGCACCAAGGGGAUCGAACCGUCUACGGACUGAUAUUGCUUCCCACAAGAGAGUUAUGCAUGCAGGUAGUGGACGAAAUAAAAAUAUUCGAAAAGGAAUUGGACAUCAGAAGUGUUGCUGUCUAUGGAGGAGUCCCUAAGUACACACAAAUUAAUAAUCUAAAGAAAGGCGCCGACAUCGUAGUUGCCACCCCUGGACGACUUUUAGAUCUUCUGGAAAACGGAGUGAUUCAUUUGUUAAGGUGCAUCUAUGUUGUUAUUGACGAAGCAGACAGACUGCUAGACAUGGGAUUUGAAAAACAACUAAAAAAAAUCAUGACACAAGUUAAUAAAAAUAAACAGCUACUAUUUUUUACAGCUACUUGGCCUGAACAAGUCAGGCAACUGGCAUACGACUUUUCUUCUUUGGAUCCAGUGAAAAUACAAGUUGGAAAAAGCGAGUUAACUGCAAAUAAAAAUAUAGAACAGAGUGUUAUUGUAAGUUCGUCUAUCGACUUGAAGAAAAAGCUCCUUGAUUGGCUAAAGCAAAAUUAUGAAGGAAAUAAAAUAUUAAUUUUCUGUGACACCAAAAGGAAUUGCGACAACCUAUGCAAAGAGCUUCGAUACCAUCAGUACAACGCACUUGCCAUUCAUGGAGAUAAAGAACAACGUGAGAGAGAUAGGAUCUUAAACAACUACAGAAGUGAUCGUUGUAAUAUUUUAGUUGCAACCGACGUAGCUUCUAGAGGACUAGACAUCAAAAACAUUUCUAUCGUUGUGAAUUAUGACCUUCCCAAUACUAUCGAAGAUUAUAUUCAUCGAAUUGGUCGUACUGGCAGAGCUGGGAAGAAGGGAAAGGCCGUUUUGUUUUUCCCCUAUGAUUACUAUGUACCGCAAAAAAGUCGAUUCGCUAGGGACUUGGUGAAAUUGCUGAACAAGGCGAACCAUGCCGUCCCAGCGGAGCUGCGCGAAAUUGCCGGCACGAGGUAA